AUGUCUGCUGUGAAUGUGCUUCUCUCAGAGGACAGCCUGCUGUGCGGGAUAUGCUUGGAAAUGUUCAGGGAUCCCGUUACAAUCCCAUGUGGACAUAGUUUCUGUCUGGGAUGCAUUCAGAGUUGCUGGGAUCGUGACAUGGAUGGUGGAGGCCAAAGAUGUCCUCAGUGCCAACAUAGGUUCACUCCCAGACCUCAGCUUCUCAGGAGCCUUGUCCUGUGUCGAGUGGUUGAGGACUUUGCCUCAUCCAAGGGGAGCUUUGCUGAAGACCCUAUUGCUGGCCCAGGUGAUGUGGCCUGUGAUUUCUGCACCCACACCAAGUUACAGGCAGCACAGUCUUGUCUGGCGUGUCUAGCUUCUUACUGCAGAUUCCACCUGAAGCCUCACCUGGAGAAUGUGGCAUUCCAGCACCACAGCCUGACCCAGCCAUUGAAGAAGCUCAGCCAGAGAUGGUGCCUGGCUCAUGGAAAAGCUCUUGACUUGUUCUGCAGAACAAAUCAGACCUUUAUUUGUUCAGUGUGUACAACAAAAGAACACAGGAACCAUGAGACAGUCACAGUGGAGGAGGAAGGGGCUGAUAGAAAGAAAAAGCUUCUUCAAAAAGAAUGUGAAGCGGAAGCAGAGACACAGAAAACCCUAGCCGAGAUCAGGCUUCUGGAACAGACCGUUGACUCAAUCAUGGGCUCUUCACUCAAAGUGGGAUGUGAAAUCAGAGGCACAUUCUCUGCAAUGACUGAAGCCAUUGAAAAAGCUGGGGAAGAAGUGAUUGGAUUGGUAGAGGGAGCGGUGCAAGUGGCAUUGAACCAGGCUGACAGUAUCCAGAACCGACUGGAACAGAAAUGUGGUGAGCUGAGAGAGAAAGAGCAGCAACUGAAAACCCUGUCAAAGAGCAAUGAUCAUGUGAUGCUGGUGCAGGAAUCUUUAUCUUUGAACACACCAUUGCAAAGUUGGGAUAUCCCAGUGUUCUGCUCUGACGUUGAAGCCUGUUUCACCUGUGCCAGUAAAGCAGUAACCGACCUCUCAGCACUGGUUACACGAUACCUUAAAGCAGCUGUAAGGCAACUGAAAAACCACAAACUUAUGGAUGCUGUGAAUCUGACUUUUGAUCCUAACACGGUGAAUAAUUAUCUCCGUUUAUCAGAUGUGAAUCAGACGGUGACGGAAUGUUACCCGGAGUCACAGGCCUACCCCGACCACCCUGAGCGCUUCGACAGCUUGUGGCAGGUGUUGUGCAGUGAGAGCCUGGCCUGUGGUAAAUAUUACUGGGAGGUGCAGGGUCAGACCUACUCGCAAAACUUCCUGGCGAAAGUGGGAAUCGUGUACAGGAGGAUGAGCAGGAAGGGGGCAGAGCGGUCCUGUUGUAUCGGUGAGAAUGCCAUGUCCUGGUGCUUGAGUGUUUACCCAGAUGGAGGAAGCUGGCUCCGUUUUGCCACAAGGCACAAAAAUAAAGGUGUUAACCUCCCGGCAACCAGGUGUGAGCGGAUUGGGGUUUACCUUGACAUUGACGCAGGCAACCUCUCAUUCUAUGCACUCAGUGAUAGGAUAAUCCUUCUACACAGAUUCCAAGCUGUCUUCACGGAUCCCCUAUAUCCAGCCUUUGGUCUUUACUCCAAUUCCUCUCUCACCAUUCAGCAGCUUGAACGCUAG